AUGUUGUUACUGAUAGGCAUUUUGACGCUGGGCGUCCUGUACAUGUGGCGGAUCAACUGUGCCAUGAAGGCAGUACCGGAGGAAGCUCGACGAAUAUCACCAAAUCGUUGGACUGUCGAGGAAAUCAAAGCAGCCUACAAAAAGAAUCUGGAAACCCCCAUCGAUAUGACCAAGCACUUGCCACCGAAACAGUCUCGCCGAUACGUGAUCGUCGGCGGAACAGGCCUCGUUGGAGCAUGGAUUGCCAACCAUCUCCUAGCCCGCGGUGAAGACCCCAAAGCUAUACGUGUGCUAGACAUAGUCCCCCCUGCCAAGGAACUUCUCGACCAAGGCGUAGGCUACACAAAAGUCGACAUCACCGACUUACUCGCAGUGGACACGGCCUUUGAAGAACCAUGGCCAGCCAGAGCUGCUAAUCUCCCUCUAACAAUUUACCACACAGCAGCCGUGAUUCGACCAUCGGAUCGCCUGCAGAGCAUGCUCUCGCUAUGCAGUAAAGUCAACAUCGACGGCACGCGCAAUGUCCUGAGCGCAGCAAAGAAAGCAGGCGCCUCGUGCUUCAUCUGGACAUCCUCUGGCUCCAUCGGCAUCCAUCGACCAAACUUCUGGAUCAAGCCAUGGGCCACUGAGCCCACGCGUGUGGUGCAAGUCCUCGGCGACGAACGCAAGCUACCCAAGACACACGGUGAAUUCUUCGGAAACUACGCCGCAUCCAAGGCCGAGGCAGAGCGUAUCGUUCGAACCGCCGAUGACCCAGAGAACAACUUCCGAACGGGAUGUAUCCGUCCAGUCAAUGGAAUCUAUGGCACAGGCGGCGAGAACAGCAUGGCCAUCACAGACAUCUACCUCCGCAACGGCGGCAGUCCAACCUGGGCAGCCCCCGUCCUCCAAAGCUUCGUCCACGCCGAAAACGUCUCUCUAGCCCAUCUUCUCUACGAACAACGCCUCAUCGAACAGAGCAACCCAAGCAACACAAACCCCAAAACAAGCGGCCAAGCAUACGCAGUGACAGACCCCAACCCAGCAAUUUCCUUCGGCGAUCUGUACAAGCUACUAACAACCGUAUCCUCAACCCCGGUCUCCUUCCCGGAGCUACAACCCGCGCCGUUCCUCCUGCUCGCCUACAUCGUCGAGGCAUAUGCAUUCCUGCGGUACAACUACCUGCAGUGGCUGUUACCUGCGCUCCCCAAGGACCUUGAGCAGAUCCAGCCGGCGCUGUUUGGAAUUUUGAAUAUCCAUGUCUUUGGGGACGAUUGUAGGGCGAGGUUGGGGCCUGAAGAGGGGGGGUUGGGGUAUCGGCCUGUUAUUUCGACGCUGGAUGGGAUGUGUCGGAGGCUUGUUGAGUGGAAUUUGAGGGCUGGGACGGAGGGGGUUAGGGUUAAGGGGGUUGUGCAGAGAUUUAGGGUUGAGGUUGUGGAGGAGGGGGUGGAUGUUAAUGUUGUUGCGCCGGUGAAGGUGUAG